AUGGCGGGCCCACAAAGAGGUUCGCGUGUCGUUUUCGUCGGCAACAUCCCAUAUGACAUGUCCGAGGAGCAGCUCACCGACGUGUUUCGCGAGGUGGGCAAAGUCGUCGGCUUCCGUCUGGUAAACGAUCGAGAUACGGGAAAGUUUAAAGGAUACGGCUUCUGCGAGUUCGAAGAUCCCGAGACGGCUGCGUCGGCAGUGCGCAAUCUCAACGAAGUCGAGGUGGGCGGUCGACCUCUACGAAUCUCGUUCGCCGACAUCGACCCGCUCAUGGAAGGACGUUCGACACAACACGGACAAUUCGACCAGGAGGACCUUCGCAGAAGAGCUGCAGCCGCAGGACGUGCGGGUCGACCAGGCACGUUCGGUCACGGUGGAACCACGAGAGGCGGUGGCAAUGUAGGAGCAGGCGCAGGGUGGCAGCAGCGCGGUCCUUUCGAUAAUGGGUUCGGUCAAAGACAGCUCGGUGGAGGCCCUCCCGGUGCACAAGGCUACGCUGGUCCGGGAGGAGCUCAGAUGGGUGGCGGUGCGCAAGGCGGAUACGGCGCUCCCGGAUCCAUGGCUCCCGCAGGCGGUCCCUACACGCUUCCGCCCAACCUUCCCGCAGGCGUUCCCCUUCCCGCUGGUGUCGGUUCAACCGACGCCAUCACACAGACGCUGGCCACGCUACCGCCGAAUCAACUGCUCGACAUCAUGAGCCAAAUGAAGUCGCUCGUAGCCACCUCGCCCGACCAAGCGCGUGCACUGCUCUCCGGACAUCCACAGCUCGCCUAUGCGCUUUUCCAGGCCAUGCUGAUGAUGAACGUGGUGGACCCUGACAUUCUGCAGCGCAUCCUCGCUGCCUCCGGUGCUGUCCCUGGCGCCGCCCCAGCACCACCUGCGAGCGUUCCACCUCACAUGCAAGCUCAACCAGGCGCUAACAAUGGAUCGGCAACGCCUCCCCAACACUACGGCAAUCCCCCCGGCUCACGAUACCCUCCUCAAGCUCGCCCACCUCCCGCACCAUAUGCGCAACCGGGCUAUGGUGGUCAACCAGCCGCUGCUCCAGCCAACGACCCAGCAGCGGCACUUGCAGGUCAGAACUUGCCCGAAGAGCAGAAGGCGCUCCUCAUGCAGGUCUUGCAGCUCACUCCCGAUCAGAUCAACGCGUUGCCUCCCGAUCAAAAGGCCAGCAUCUUGCAGCUCAAGGCUCAAUUCGGCCAAGCUUGA